UUCAGCAAGAGCAAGAGCCUCUAUAUAUCCGCGGACCUUGUCUGUGUCAGCAUUAGUCGACUUCUACAUAUAGCCAGUGGUGUUUUUUUUUAAGUUUUUUCAUAUAAUUAUAAAAUUAUAUAUAAAAUAAAUAAUUUUUUAGAUAGAUGCUGACUCUAGUGUGAAAAUGUACCUGAUUGCGAAGCCUACCACUUGACUAUUUGUCUACAUACAGCGCAUGCUCAAGCUCAAUCAAGAAAGCAAGCCAUAUGGUGUAUUGAAGAAGAGAAGGUACUGAUACUGUAUUAGCAUUAGCUAGCUGUUGCUUGCUCGAUGGCUUCUAGUCAGGUGCAGUGUCCGCCAUUUGGAUUCUCGGCCAAAUAUUACUCGUCAGAGGGUGGAAGGUGUGUGAGGCAGAUCAGUUUCUUUGAAGGAAAAGCUGUGCUCAAUCAAGGUGUUGGCUAUUCUGUUAUUCUUGGUUUUGGAGCCUUCUUUGCUGUCUUCACCUCUUUCCUGGUAUGGCUGGAGAAACGAUAUGUUGGGUCUCGCCACACUUCAGAAUGGUUCAAUACCGCUGGCAGGAAUGUAAAAACAGGACUUAUUGCCAGUGUGAUUGUGUCCCAGUGGACAUGGGCUGCAACCAUCCUGCAAAGCUCCAAUGUUGCCUGGCAGUAUGGAAUUAGUGGGCCCUUUUGGUAUGCUAGUGGGGCUACUAUCCAGGUACUUUUGUUUGGUGUGAUGGCUAUAGAGAUUAAAAGAAAGGCUCCUCAUGCUCAUACUGUUUGUGAAAUUGUAAAAGCCCGUUGGGGGACUCCUGCACAUAUAGUUUUCCUUGCCUUCUGCUUUUUGACAAACAUUAUUGUCACGGCUAUGCUACUUCUUGGUGGUUCUGCUGUUGUAAACGCACUUACCGGAGUGAACAUUUAUGCCGCUAGCUUUCUGAUACCGCUUGGAGUCAUUGUUUACACUCUCGCCGGAGGACUCAAGGCAACUUUCUUGGCAAGUUACAUACAUUCUGUUAUAGUGCAUCUGGUUCUAGUUAUCUUUGUGUACCUAGUUUACACUGCAAGCAGCGAACUAGGUAGUCCCAGUGUCAUAUACCACCGUCUAUUAGAGGUCGGAAACAAAUCAAGAGUAUGCCAGGAGCCAUUUUCCCAUGAUGGACAAUCCUGUGGUCCCGUUAGUGGAAAUUACAAAGGGUCUUACCUAACAAUGUUGAGUUCAGGUGGGCUUGUGUUUGGAAUUAUAAACAUCGUAGGCAACUUCGGCACAGUUUUCGUUGACAACGGAUAUUGGGUUAGUGCGAUAGCUGCAAGGCCUUCAUCAACUCACAAGGGCUACUUGUUGGGUGGGCUGGUGUGGUUUGCUGUACCAUUCUCUUUAGCAACAUCUCUGGGUCUAGGAGCGCUUGCCCUUGAUCUACCGAUAACAGAGAGCGAGGCAAGCCAUGGACUAGUUCCUCCUGCUACUGCUAUAGCUUUGAUGGGGAAGGGAGGAUCCAUACUUCUUCUAACAAUGCUUUUUAUGGCUGUGACAUCUGCUGGGUCAUCUGAGCUGAUUGCAGUUUCUUCACUGUGCACAUACGAUAUAUACCGUACCUACAUAAAUCCAGAUGCAAGUGGGAAAAAAAUCCUCAAAGUAUCAAGGGCUGUUGUCCUAGGCUUCGGAUGUUUCAUGGGAUUGUUAGCAGUGAUAUUAAACAAAGCAGGAGUUUCAUUGGGCUGGAUGUAUCUUGCCAUGGGAAUUCUUAUCGGUUCUGCUGUCCUUCCUAUAGCCUUUAUGCUUCUAUGGAGGAAAGCAAAUGCAAUAGGUGCCAUUCUUGGAACAAUCAUCGGAUGUGUUCUUGGGGUUAUAACUUGGCUAGUAGUUACGAAGGUCGAGUAUGGUCGGAUAAACCUUGACACAACUGGGCGAAAUGCACCAAUGCUUGCAGGCAACCUUGUGUCAAUACUUACUGGUGGAGCAAUCCAUGCUGUCUGUAGCUUUUUAUGGCCACAAGAUUAUGAUUGGGAUACGACCAAGCAGAUCACAAUGGUCGAAAAGGAAAAGAAUGAGCUGCCAGCAGAAGAGUUCAAGGAGGAGAAACUCAUAAAAGCGAAAGCCUGGAUUAUUAAAUGGGGUGUUGGUUUUACUGUGGUGAUUGUUAUAUUAUGGCCUCUCCUCACUCUUCCUGCAGGUGAGUUUGGUUUAGGCUACUUCACAUUCUGGGCAGUGAUAGCUAUAGUAUGGGGUACCAUUGGAUCGGCGGUGAUUAUUGCUUUACCAUUGAUGGAAAGCUGGGAGACCAUCCAGAGUGUCUGCCUCGGCAUGUUUACUAAUGACAGGCUGAUGGAAAAGGUGGAGGAGAUGAAUAUCAGGCUACAUGCAAUUAUUUUGGCUAUUCCUGAAGCAGAGAGAAUUUAUUUGCUCGAGGAAGAGAAGGCCAAGAAAAAGGAAGAAUCUGAGCACCUAGCUUAACAUGCUCCUAAGUCCUACCACACAUACUGAUAAUCCCUUUAGCUCCACGCGAACGCUUUGAUGUGCAAAUGCAUGUGUAAAUAAAGACAACCUAUCGCUAGUGGCUUCAGCUAGCACCGGUGUGAUUUCUUUGUAUAAAAUUUAAAAUUCAAGUGUUUUCACCAAUCACAUGAAAUGAUGAUUCAAAAGCAAGAUCAGAGUUCCAAAA